CGCGCUCGCCAACAUGCUCGCCAAACUCCUGACGCUGGGUCUGGUGGCCCUCGCGUCGGCCAUCGACGACAUACCAUUUCCUAUACUCAGGACUAUGGGGAUAUACCCUUCCGAGCAUAUUACGGUGGCAUCCAAAGCCCAGAGCGCCGACCUCCACCUGUUCGACGGGCCCCACUACUACAUCUCUGACGGGGAGUGCCUGGGACACCUGGACACGAGGUACCUGUGUGGCGUCGAGAAGGCGAAGGGGAUCGAGGUGCGGGUGUCGGAUCCCCGUGACUUCCCCCGGGUGAGGAUCCACCAGCGUCGCGGGGUGGUGCACAUCCAGCGCUCGGGCAGGGCGUACAACGCCACGACGCGCCGGUGCCCGGGCGUCGCGCUGGUCGACCUCCGGCUCAGCUGCGACCACUGGACAUUCUCCGACAGCCGCAAUCGUCUGCGCCUCCCCAGCAUCCUCGCCGACUCCUCCGAAUCCGACUCGUCCGACUCAUCCAGCUCAUCCGAAUCCGACGAGCACGAAGAUGUAUAAAACUAGGACCGGGACGCUACCUUGUAGAUAGAGGAACCCUCACUGACUUACCGCGGAACACAGCUUCUACUUUACGCUCCUACUCAUUCGCUUUAGUCUUAGGUAGUACCUCUCUUUGUUGCUCCUUGUAGAUCUUUAUAUUUUUAAAGUUCGACACGGCAGAAAAUGCUAUAAAAUUAUAAAGCAUAUUUCUGAAUGUUAAAUUGUUGUUUUAAAACAACGAAAUUCCCCGUAACCUACUAAAAGGCGAGGUGAAACAGCAAAAGUAAAAAGUUUCGAACGACGGCGCGCGUGAGCCACGAGGUGCAAAAUUAAAUCGCUCAUAAAAACAGCGGCGUCGCAACCAACGCCCGCGCCCGCCCGCGCCCGCCCGCGCCCGUCCGUCGCCCGCAGUCAAACAAAAUGUGGUAAAUUGUAUUAAUAUUUUGUUCUCUCGACUGAGCUACCUCGCUCGAGACUUACGAGGUGUAAUCGUAAGCGAGGUUGCUCACUCGCAUCUAAAAGUACCAUGUAAUUUUAAAUUGAAUCAAAUUCCUUCG